GCCAGGCUUGAUUAUUUUAGCUCUCUCUGCUGUUGUCACUGUUGUUGUUGGAUGUACAGUAGCUGGUGAAUGUUGAUGGAUUUGCAAUGUCUGGUGAAGGAUGCUUGUGCUCCACUCAGGAUUCUGCUGUCUUUGCCAAUAACUGGAUUUCAUGUAAUUAUAAUGAAUGGAGAAGAGAGGAGGAUGGGGGCUGAUGCUUUGAUCUGUGUUGCUUCACAGAUAAAGAAUGUCCGGAAGGCAAGCUUUCUCAGUGCGACUGUACUUAAGGAGCACGUCAUUCCCAAGUUGGAAUGGGUUAUCGACAGAGAGAAGAAGAUGACUCAUGCCGAAUUGAUGGAAAGGUGAGUGAAUCAUCUUUGCCUUUUUUUGGUUUUUGUUUUCUUUUUGGUCUGGGUGUGUUAUAGCAAGGCAUGCAAGGAUCAGACCUCGCACAUUAUGUC